UCAGCCACGCAGAACAUCGGGCCUAAUGCGCGUUCAGAUCUUCGCGCGACAUAAAAAAACAUCAGAGUCGGUUUCGUCGCGUGCCAUGUAGGCGGUUAAAAUGUCAGUGUUUCCGGUCAAAAUCACGACUCUUAAAUUCGAUAAAUAGCGGUUACGUGUGGAAAAGGGAGGUGCGCGAACCAAAACGAAAAACGAGUAAUCGCCUGUUUCACGCGCCCUGCUGAAGAAACAGGAAGCGGAGAAGAUCUGCUCACCUGCACCGGACCGAAUGGAACAUUCGCAGUGGAUUUAGGCUCUGCUUUGGACCGCGUACACUGAUUCAGCCUGCCUGUUGUUUUUGAAGCUCAAGUCGACGCAUACACAACUUUUAGCACGGUUUCUGUGAAACCUAUCGGACAGACGUUUGAAGCUCGCCACUGCUGGAUUAAUCGGCUUUGAAGAUGCAGCAUCCUCUUCCAGCCAUCAUGGAGCCAACUGCAAAAUAAUAGACCUUUAGAAAAACAGGUUCCCAUGGUUUGGCUCCGGUGUGCUAUCUGCCAUGCCUCCCGCCAAGACAGAUCAGCUGGAUCAGUGGGCGGAGUCGGGGCUGGAUGAAGAUGACCAGGUGAUAGUGGACUUCCUGUUGCCCACAGGAGUCUACAUCCAGAUGGAGGUUCCUCGGGAGAGCACUAUCCAACACAUCAAACUGCUGUUAUGGAAGGAGGCACAGACGUACCCUCUCUUCUCCCUGCUGGGGGAGAUGGAGGGUCACAUGUUUGAAUGUGUGAAUCAGGCAGCAGUGCACGAGGAACUGGAGGAUGAAAGCAGGCGACUGUGCGAUGUGCGCCCCUUCCUGCCGGUCCUAAAACUUAUCACACGCAACUGUGGACGUGCAGAGCGCCUUUUAGACUCUAAAAUCGGAGUGCUGAUCGGGAAAGGUCUUCACGAGCUAGACGCCCUGCAAGACCAGGAAGUGAAGGACUUCCGUUCCAAAAUGAAACGAAUCAGCGAGGAGAGGAUGCAGCAAAUGCAGCUGAUGUCCUGGGAGGACUGGCUCCGGUGCUGUUAUUCCCCACAGCUGGAGACAGGGUCUGUGGAGAAUUUGAUUGACAAGCAUGAAGGCGGGAUCAAAAUCACCAUGCAUCAUGACCAGUCACAGGACACAACCAGUUUGAAUGUGUCCUUGAACUGUACAGUAACUGAACUUAUGGAUCAGGCUCUUAAGAAAUUGCAGACCACCCGAAGAGAGUAUGUGUUACGUGUCAGCGACAAACUGGAGUUCCUAUUCGAAGAUCACCCUCUCAAUCAGUACAAAUACAUCAGGACUUGUUUGUUGGCUAAAGAGAGUCCUCAUCUGACGAUGGUUCACUGCAGUUUCAUAAAGGACUUGUUUGAGAAGGAAGUCAGUACUAUCGGAUCAGUGCUGGCACGCAAGAUGUCAAACCCUCCUCUUCCGUUGCCCCCGAAGAAGAGAGCUCCAACUCUGUUGCAUACGUGUGUUUGGAAGGUUCCAAACAAACAUAUGUUUCGAAUUAAUCUUGUGAAGGGGAUUAAAGUCAAUGCUGAAGAUACUGCUAAGAUCCAGGUUCGAGCAGGGCUGUUUCACGGUACGGAGCUCUUGUGUAAGACAGCAGUCAGCAGUGAAAGCAGUAGUCGAUCUGAGCAUGAAUGGAACGCAACACUGGAGUUUGAAAUUGCUGUUUGUGACCUGCCACGGAUGGCGCGCCUCUGUUUUGCCAUUUACGCGGUCAUGGACAAAGUGAAGAAACAGAAAUCCACCAAGAACACACACCUUAACAAAUACCAAACCAUUCGCAAAGCAGGGAAAGUGCACUACCCAAUUGCAUGGGUGAACACAAUGGUGUUUGACUAUAGAGGACAACUGAAGACUGGAGACAUGAUCCUGCAUUGCUGGUCCUCAUUUCCUGAUGAACUGGAAGAAAUGUUGAACCCCAUUGGGACGAUUCAGACCAAUCCAUACACUGAGAAUGCCACGGAACUACACAUAAGCUUCCAUAUGUACUCAACACAACCUGUUGUAUUUCCUCCAUUUGACAAGAUACUGGAAAAAGCUGCCGACAUUGUUGGAGCCAGUGAUUCCAUGACAAUGGGUCGUGGAGGUAAGAAGUUUUAUAUCGAGCUUAAAGAGAUCAUGGAGAGAGAUCCGCUCUCUCAGUUGUGUGAGAAUGAGAAGGAUCUGAUAUGGACACUGCGUUAUGACUGCAGAGAAAACUUCCCUCAGUCUCUCCCUAAACUGCUGCUGUCUGUCAAAUGGAGCAAACACGAAGAUAUGGCUCAGCUGCAAGCGCUGUUGCAGAUUUGGCCCAAGCUGAGCCCUCGAGAUGCUCUAGAGCUCCUGGACUUUAACUACCCUGACCAGUAUGUCCGAGAAUUUGCUGUCAACUGCCUCAAAGAUAUGAGUGAUGAUGAGCUGUUGCAGUAUUUGCUGCAGUUGGUGCAGGUGUUGCGUUAUGAGCCGUACUAUGACUGUGCCCUCAGCCGUUUCCUCCUGGACCGCGCUCAGACCAGCCGUAAAAUCGGCCAUUUCCUCUUCUGGCAUCUCAGGUCUGAGAUGCACAUUUCAGCUGUAUCCGUUCAUUUCGCUCUGAUUUUGGAAGCGUAUUGCAGAGGCAGUAUCCCACACAUAGAAGUUCUCAAAAAACAGGUUGAAGCUCUUAAUAAGCUGAAAGCAGUUAAUGAGCUGAUUAAGCUGGGCACCAUAAAAACCAAGAACAAAACGAAAGAUGCCCAUCUUAAAGAGGCAAUGAUGACGUGCCUUAGACAGACAGGCUUCAUCGAGACACUUUCUGACCUGCAGUCUCCACUCAAUCCCAGCAUACUAUUCGCUGGAGUCAACGUGGAGAAGUGCAGGUACAUGGAUUCAAAGAUGAAACCACUGUGGAUUGUGUACAAUAACAAGCUGUUGACUGGAGACACCCUGGGCAUCAUCUUUAAAAAUGGAGAUGACCUGAGACAGGACAUGUUGACUCUUCAAAUAUUGAGAUUAAUGGAUCUACUGUGGAAAGAGGCCAACUUGGAUCUAAGAAUUGUGCCUUAUGGUUGCUUGGCAACCGGUGAUCACUCUGGUCUAAUUGAGGUUGUGUCUUCAGCGGAUACUAUCGCCAACAUCCAAAAAACAAGCAGCAACAUGGCUGCCGCAGCUGCCUUCAAUAAAGAUGCUCUACUGAAUUGGCUCAAAGACAAGAACUCUGGUGAUGCUUUGGAGAAAGCCAUUGAAGAGUUCACUCUGUCAUGUGCUGGUUAUUGCGUUGCCACCUACGUCUUGGGCAUUGGUGAUCGCCAUAGCGACAACAUCAUGGUUCGCAGUACAGGGCAGCUCUUUCACAUAGACUUUGGACACAUCCUGGGGAAUUUUAAGUCUAAGUUUGGAAUUAAGCGCGAGCGCGUUCCUUUCAUCCUCACACAUGACUUCAUCCACGUGAUUCAGCAGGGAAAAACUGGCAACACAGAGAAAUUUGGAAAUUUUAGGCAGUACUGUGAAGAGGCGUAUCUGAUUUUAAGGAGAAAUGGAAAUUUGUUCAUCACACUCUUUGCGUUAAUGCUCACAGCAGGCCUGCCAGAGCUCACAUCUGUCAAAGAUAUCCAGUAUUUAAAGGACUCUCUGGCGUUGGGUAAAACAGAUGAGGAAGCCCUUAAACAGUUUCGUCAGAAGUUUGAUGAAGCCCUGAGAGAAAGUUGGACCACCAAAGUCAACUGGAUGGCUCACAAUGUGGCUCACCCUUCGUAACCCAGUUACACACAUCAGACUCCAAACUGAAGUCAGGGUAAACAGGAAAUGUAAAACUGUUCA